GGAUGCUGGUGAGAGAGCUGGCAGUGUUAAACACACAGAUUUGCAAGAUUGAGCAGCACAUUUUCAUCUCUCGUGCUGGCAUGAUGGUAUUGGAUGAACUGUCCUCUCAGCUUGAAGAGGUAGCCAUUCAUCUGCAGUACGUGGAUGAGGAGGUUCGACAGCAGCCCUGUCUGGCUUUAAUCCCUUGGUCUGGACCUCUGUGGGUUUCAAACGCUCCUGUCAAACUGCAGCCAAUUUAUUAUCUUACACACGCUGGGAGGAUGCUGGUGAGAGAGAUGGCAAUGUUAAACACACAGAUUUUCACAAUGGAGCAGCCCAUUAUCAUCAGUUUCACUCCUGCUAGGAGGAUGGUAUGGGAGGAACUGUCCUCUCAAAAUGAACAGUAUGUGGAUGAGGAGGUUGGGCACCGGUCCUGUCUGGCUUUAAUCCCUUGGUCUGGACCCUUGUGUGUUCCUAUCUUUCCUGUCUUCUCCAAGGCCAAACCAGUCUACUACCUCACUCGUGCUGGGAGAAUGCUGGUAACAGAGCUUGCAGUGUUAAACACACAGACUUCCAAAUUGGUUAUUGAGGAGCCUACCAUUCACCUCACUGAAGCUGGGAGGCUAGUGCUUGACGAACUGUCAGCACCUUCAGAUAGCCAUUCACAGCCAAAUAGGGAAGACUCUGGUUUUCCCUAUGAGAAGUUGCAGCUGGUUGGGAACUGGGGUUCGUUUCAUUUCCAUUACUGGAAGAUCCAUUAUGGACGAAUGCAGCAAAAUGAAGAGGACAUGCAUCACCUGUGCAUUGUGAGGGGAGUGGAGAGGAGAAGCAGCUGUGGUGGAGCAGAGUCAUCCAGGAAAAAAUCCUGGACCCAUGGAAGGAUCCAUGGACUCAUGUCCGGCCUUGUCAAGAGGAGGUCUGAGUUCACCUAUUAUGAGGAUGCCCAGCAGGUGGAUAUCUCCACCACAGUGGAGGGGUACCAGGAGAGGGGGAUGAGAUGA